UUUAGUUAAUUCUAACCUAGCCCUGCUUUUUUAAUUAUAAUUCUGAGAGAAUUCCUAAUAUGAUUUUGAUUUAAAGAUUGCAAGCUCAAUAUUUUAACCAAGUUAUUUCAUUGGAUAAAAUUUAAUAAAUACUGAUAUGCAAAAAUGUAAUUCAUAUUAGUAGACAGUCAAGGUUUGAGAGCUGUUCAUUUAAAUGCACACAUUGAAAGCCAAAGCCCCACCUCUCACCUCUUUCCCUAUCUGUCUACUGUCUCCACCUCUUGUGAUCUCACUAUUUAAUUAAGAACUGGACUAAGUGAUAUUCUGCAUGCACACAGUCGGCAGUAGAGGCAGAUACAACGCCGUCUUGUCUUUUUCAUCUCCUGGUCAAACGCACCACCUCUUUGGUUCCACCUUUCCUGAUGCUGAAACGGACUUUCAGCGAAGGAGUCACAUUAGAGAUCUUCUUUCUCAACUUCUUUUAAAGGUCUUUUGUACACUUACCACAAUCUCUUAGACCUUAUCAAGAGGCACCUGCAGACUAGCAUCAAUAUGGAGGACCAACAUUGCGGAGACUCUCUCUUCCCAACCUCCACCCUCAUUCCUGUCACCACCAUUUGCAUCCUCCUCUUCAUCGUUGGCAUAGCUGGCAACACCAUGACCAUCCUCAUUAUCAACCGCUUCAAGGACAUGAAGACCACCACCAACCUGUAUCUCUCCAGCAUGGCCAUCUCAGACCUGAUCAUCUUCCUCAGCCUCCCCUUUGACCUCUACCGCCUCUGGAAGUAUGUACCCUGGGUCUUUGGGGAGCUGGUGUGCCGUCUAUCACACUACACCAAUGAAGGAUGCACCAAUGCCACCAUUCUUCACAUCACAGUGCUCAGCAUGGAGCGUUACCUGGCCAUCUGCUUCCCUUUCAAAGCCAAGGCUGCUAUCACCAAGAGAAGGGUCAAGUAUGUCAUUUUGGCUUUGUGGGGCUUCGCCCUACUGUCUGCUGCACCAGUGUUCUUCCUGAUGGGCGUGGAGUAUGAGAACGAGACGAUGCCUGACCCGGGCACUCGGCAGUGCAAGCACACGCGCUAUGCAAUCGAAUCAGGGCUGCUGCACACCACUAUCUGGGUAUCGACUGCCUACUUCUUCUGCCCCAUGUUUUGCCUGCUCUUUCUGUAUGGAUCAAUCGGUCGAAAGUUGUGGAAGAGUCGUCAUGAGCUUCAUGGGCCCAAUGCAGCAGCCAGACAGAAGGUUAACAGGCAGACCGUCAAGAUUCUGGGUGAGUGGGUCUUGGGAAGUGUUAAGGCUGGAAUACACUACAUGACAUUUAACAUCAGAACUGAUUUUGAAGCACUAGGCAUCAUACAUUUGCAGACUUUGAAUAUGGUUACAGAGAAAAACUGGGCAUCAUACAUUAAACCAGGGGUGUCCAGUUCUGUUCGGGGCCACUGUCCUGCAAAGUUUAUCUCCAACCCCAAUUAAACAAACUUGAACAAGCUAAUUAAGGCUUUACUAGGCACAAUAAAAACGUCCGGGCAGGUGUGCUGAGGCAAGCUGGAGGAUAGUGGCCCUCCAGGACCGAGUUGGGACACCCCUGCACUAAACGAAUGAGAAUCACACAAAAGACUUUCAAGUCAUUCUAAACUCAUAAAACCUGUGCAGAAACAAACAUUGUUGCUAGGAAGCUGCAUGACAAAUGAAAACAACAUGUUCUUAAAUCUGCUCACAAUAUCAGAUCAGUUACAACAUUGUCCAUUUUUCCAAAUUUAAAGUGACAUAUUGCCUUAUCUAAAUUAUUUCAAGUAGAAACAUUUUUUUUAAUGUAAAUCACAGGCGUCAAAUUGUGAGAGAAGUAGUUGACAGAUCUUGCAAAUGUAACAUCUUGUCUAUUCAUCAGUCAUGUUCAUUUAUGUUUGAUUAGCAAAUGUGGCUGUUUUGUUUAUUAGAAGCCUUCAUAAAUCAGUCAGACAAAUCUCAUUCUUCUAUUAACCCCAUGUCCUGUCCCCCUUUCUUCUCCUAGCUGUUGUUGUGUUAGUUUUUGCCAUCUGCUGGCUGCCUUACCACAUCGGUCGGUUCCUCUUCACACACGUGGAUGAUUACCACUCCGCCCGCCUCAGUCAGAACUUCAACGUGGCCUCCAUGGUGCUCUUCUACCUGAGCGCCUCAAUUAACCCUGUCCUCUACAACCUCAUGUCCAACAAGUACCGCUCUGCUGUCAAACGCCUCUUCCUGUUGCCUCACAGGUGCCAACACAGACCCAACCGGAGACAUAUCUCGACCUGUGAUGACAUCACCAUGUGCACAGAAAUGUUCAGUGGGGUGAAAGAGACUAUGAUGACAGAGGAGGGCUUACAGUAACAUCAUCCUGGCUAAAGAGGAGCACAGGAACCUGGGAGAAGUGAAGAAGUUGUGAGCUUAUUAGAUUAGAACUGGAAUAAUUGGUGUGACGGAAAUGAAAAAUGAGAUUGGAACUGACACACAUUAUGAGUGGAAACAGCUUGUGACAGUGACUGUGCCGGGGGAAAUGACUCAUGAAGGGUUUCACGUGAAUGCAUUAUAUCACAGUUAUUACACUGUAAUGAUUGAUCACUGUAGUGAUAAUCAUGUUGUCUAUAUCAAUAACAUAAAAUAGGUUUUACAUAUAACUACUUAAUCAAUGGAAAUAUUGUGACUAGAAUGAUUAGAUUUUGACAUUUGUUAUUUGUAUUAUAUGUACUUGUGUUAAAUGAUUCUGUUUUGCUCUGUUGGAUGCCAUUUGCUUUGCACAUACUCUUAUCAAUUAUAGUAUUAAUACAGUAUGUGCAUUGUACU